CAGAUCCCAAUCAACGAGAGAGAGAAUUGGCGUUUACGCAUCCAUCAUAAAGGCAUUCAAACUCAGUCAUCCGCCUCAAGCACAACGAUCUGCCAUUGUUUAGAGUGACAUCCAUCAACAGGCUUACCAUCAAGUGAUACAAACACUAUGGCCAGCUGGGAUUUCUUAUCAAAGUUUAUCAUCGUUGGCGAUUCAGGCGUGGGUAAAUCCAGUUUAUUGGUUCAAUUAACAGAUCAAAGAUUUUUGGCCGAACCUGAUCCGACGAUUGGCGUCGAAUUUGGGAGCUAUGUCGUGACUAUCGAUGAAACAGGCGAAAAGAUUAAAUGUCAAUGUUGGGAUACAGCCGGCAGUGAAACAUUUCGAAGCAUCACCCGAUCCUACUACAGAGGCGCAGCUGGAGCCCUGUUGGUUUACAGUAUCACCCACAGACCGUCUUUCCUCCAUAUCGCUGAAUGGCUAAAGGAUGUACGAGAACACGCAGAAGAGGAUGUCAGUAUAAUAUUGGUGGGAAACAUGAGUGAUCUUUGUCCCGAGGAUGAGUCAGAAGAGGAAGAGGAAGAAGGCAAUGAGACAGGCUCUCCGCAAAGUACACCUUCAAAGAAACGUUCAAGCACAAAAGCCAAUCUGCGGAGACAAGUCACACGAAAAGAAGCAGAAGAGUUUGCCAAAAAGGAAGGAAUCAUGUUUGUCGAAACAAGUGCAAAGACUGGUUCAAAUGUAGAAGAGGCAUUCAAACGAGCAGCAUACGAUAUCCAUGCCAGAUUUCAUGCUUCUUCUGCUAAUCAAUCAAGAGCUGGAAUGACGGCAGGAAGUACUCGUCCAGGCGUGAUUGCCGCUUCAGCACAAGGCACAGAUACCAAUAGAGGAAGGAAUUGCUGCAUUAUUGCUUAAUCAUCGCUUGUGGGGUUUUCAUCUUUUCGUCAUUCAUCACUGUAUAAUAGUUGCAAUUUGUAUACUUUACCCGGCUUUCUUUAAUUUUGCGAUGCUUCACUUAUGCCACAGAUUGUCCAUCAGCUC